AUGGCACCCGGAGAAGAAGGGAUAGUUUCCUCCCACGUUCCCGUGGAGAGUUUCCAGUCAACAGAACUAGAACACGCGAAGCCCCGAAGCAAAGAUUUCUUCAGAUUCGAUGUGACUGCUGUAGCUUUGUGGGAUCCACUUCAACACACAUCUCCAUCAUCCAUAUUCCAAGCCUCAACACGCAUAAGUUGCAAGCGCUUCUACGAAGAUAAUGGAGAUUCCCUAAGAAGUUUCUUACUGGACCCACAAUUCUCUCCAUACUUCACCAUUGAAGACAUGGAUCUAAUCAUGCAGAGGAUCAUGCCUCUGGUUCAAGAACUCUUUGGGGUUCAGAGUCUUCCUCUUGAGAAUGAUAAUGAAUAUGCAGAUUCAGUACCCCUUGAGUUCCCUGUGGUUUUGAGCAUUAUUUUGGACACGAUGGGAAACGAAGAGAGUGAAGCAAUUGAAGAGUCAAUGCAGCACAGCGGUGGAAUGAUUCCCGCUUCCAACGAAGCCAUCCAAUUGCUGAAAACAUAUACGACUUUUCCUCCUCAAGAAGAGUGUAAUAUUUGUUUGGAGAAGUUUGAAGGUGAAGAAUGUGACGAAGAUGUCAAGCUUUCGCAAAUGCCUUGCGGCCAUGUCUUUCACCAUCCAUGUAUUGUGCCAUGGCUCCUCACUAGUCACCUAUGUCCCCUUUGUCGCUUCCCUAUGCCUACUCAAUGA